AUGGGACAAUUUUAUUCCAGGGAAUUCGAUGGCGAUCCCUACAUCGACCUUAUGCGCUCGCUUCCCGAAAGGGAGCUGGUGUGGUGGGCUCAAAAAGUAAUUUGGCUUGCGGAAGGCUUCACCUUCGUGGACCAUUUUGCGCGCACCUAUCCGCGCCUCUUCCAGCACAAGUGCCCCCGCUGUAACGGCGCCGGCGUGCUGACGUGUCCUGGAUGCGCCGGAACCAAGGUGCCGCUAGGCCUAACCGGUUCGGGCCGCAGGGCCUUAUUAGGGCCACCCGCUGUGGAUCCAGCAACGAACCAGGGACGUGAUGGAUCAUCUAAACCGCUGAACAGCAAGCUGCAGGUGUUUGGGGCGCUGCCGGCGGCGGCACCCAUGGGCGCCGGCAAUGGCGACGCCGCCACUGCUACUGCCACCGCUACCGGUGUUGUUGGCAGUUGCCGCAUGUGUGGCGACACGUGCAACUGGGAUGUGGAGAGUGAGUGGAUGGACCGGUGGCGAGAGUGGGAGUCCAGAUUGGCCUACUACGACAAGGCCACGGCGCCGCUCAUGGACGAAUGGUACGAGGAUGUUAUUAAUGCGGGCAAUCUGGAGGAGGACACUCCGCCAGUGGAGGACGAUCCGCCUGGUCCCGAGGUGAAUCCGGGGAGGGAGGGGAAAAAAGGGGAGGUGACGGGUCGGUGGGCGGAUGAUGACCGGCUGAUGGCCAAGGAUAAGAAGAGGUUCGCGGCAAUCGUCAAGAGGUUCGGUCACCCGUACGACGCGGACGCAACACUAGGUUACCAGAUCGUGGAUCCAACCGCCUCUAUGGGUGAGAACAUCUGGAACAUGGCGCAGGUUUACAAUUCGACGCCUCCGGAGCUCAAUCCGUGGAGGACCGCGCAUUUUGCCGGGCGAGGUGGGGGCGGCGGCCCCGGCAGCAGCGGGAGCGGGGGCAUCGGUGGUGGCGAUGUGGAGGGUGGCCUCAACCCGGCGUUGGCAACACAGGCGGCGCUGGACGCAUUCGACCAGGAGAUCGUGCAAGAGGCAGCCAUCAUGCAGAACCUGGAGGCCGCCGUACAGGACCUGCCCAAGCCGCACCGCUUCCUGGCCACCGCAGGCACCAUUCCCUGUACCGAGUGUAGCGGCCUGGCCUGGCAGUACUCCGUAAUGCCCAACACAGAGCGCCUGUUCGGGGUCGAACGGCCGACCUGGGCGGACCGCCUGGCCCGGCUGGAAAGAUACUGGACGCCCAAGACCCUCGCCGACCCAAGCCGUACAGGUCAGGUGCUGCCAUACGGCGAGCACGGACUGCGCAGCUUGUUGGCUGCGGCGCAGGGCGGCGAAGAGGGCGACCUCGUGGAUGCGGUAGUGGGCCGCGCGCCUGAAAGCACCGCUCGAUACCGACGCGACCUGGACUUGCUGGUGGCGGCUCCGGAGCUCCGAGACGCCCGACUCCGGGUGCCCGCGGGUCUCAACACUCUGGGGUUGUACCUGCAAACCAACGGACAGGAAACGGGGGGUAGCAGAUGUAAGACUGUUUAUAUGUGCCCUGCAGCCCUUGGCAGCAGCAGGGGUUAUUGGUGCGUGGCGUCAAGGUCUUCGCAGUCGUACAAGCAUAAGCAGAAAACCGCCAUUGCACGCGAAAAAUAA